AUGUCUGAAGAACAAAUCGCUAUUGACUCUCCCCCUUCCUCCAUCGAAGGAUCUGUUGAAACCGUAACUACCAUUGAUUCGCCAAGUACUACUGCCUCCACUAUUGCUGCUACCGCUGAAGAACAUCCUCAGUUGGAGAAAAAGCCAGCUCCAUUGCCAUCCUUGAAAGACCUACCUUCUUUGGGUUCAAAUGCUGCCUUUGCCAACGUUAAGGUUAGCUGGGGUCCAAACAUGAAACCUGCCGUCUCUAACUCGCCAUCACCUUCCCCUUCUGCACCUUCAUUGACUACUGGCCUUGGGGCCAAGAGGAUGCGUUCAAAGAACAUCCAGGAGGCUUUCACUUUGGACCUGCAAUCUCAGUUGUCAAUCACCAAACCUGAAUUAUCCCGUAUUGUCCAAUCCGUCAAGAAAAAUCAUGAUGUUUCUGUUGAAUCCACUCUUUCUAAGAAUGCUCGUACGUUUUUAGUUUCUGGUGUGGCUGCUAACGUUCAUGAAGCAAAGAGAGAGUUAGUGAAGAAAUUAACGAAACCAAUCAACGCUGUCAUCGAAGUCCCAUCCAAAUGUAAAGCCAGUAUCAUUGGUUCAGGUGGUAGAACUAUUCGUGAAAUUAGUGACGCUUAUGAAGUUAAAAUCAAUGUUUCAAAGGAAGUCAAUGAAAAUUCUUAUGAUGAAGAUUUGGACGAUACUACAAGUGAUGUCUCUUUAUUUGGUGAUUUUGAAUCAGUAAACUUGGCUAAAGCUAGAAUCUCGGCCAUUGUUAAAGAAGAAACCAAGAAUGCCACAAUCAAGUUAGUUGUUGAAGAUGACAAAUAUCUACCAUAUAUUGAUGUUUCCGAGUUUGCUUCCAAUGAAGGAGACGAAGAAGUCAAAGUUCAAUUCUAUAAAAAAUCCGGUGAUAUUGUCAUUUCGGGUCCUCGUGAAAAGGCAAAAGCCACCAAGGCAUCUAUCCAAGAUUACUUGAAAAGAUUAGCUUCUAAUUUAGACGAAGAAAAGGUGAAGAUUCCAUCCAAGUUCCAGUUUUUGAUUGAUGCGGGAGAACUGAAAGAAAAAUACAAUGUCAUUGUCACCUUCCCAUCAACUCCUGAUGAUGAACUAGUGUCAUUUGUUGGUUUGCGCGACAAGGUUGGUGAAGCUAUCACCUAUGCCAGAUCUUCUUCGAAGAGCUACGUGGUGGAAUCUUUGGAUAUUUCCAAGGCUCAUAGUAAGAAUCUGACUCACGCCAAAAAUCUAAUCAUGUAUUUCACCAAAUACUCCGUUUUAAAGGGUCUUGAAGAAUCACAUCCUAAUGUUAAGAUAUCCUUACCAUCCAUACAGUCAUUGCCAACAGCUGAAACUGUCACCAUUCACAUCAGUGCAAAAUCUGAUGAGGCAAACGAUAUUAAGGUCGUUCGUAAGGAAUUAAUUUCAUUUGUGAACAAUAUUCCACCUUCUGAAACCCUGACUAUCACAGAUUUGGAUUACGAGUUGUUUGGUGGGUCUAUCAAACACUGUUUAUUAGCUUCUGAAAGUAGUGUUGCUUUUGUUCAAUUUGGUGAUUAUUAUCCAAAUGAUGACACUAUUUUGCUUGUUGCUUUAACUGAGGAUGAAGACUUCAAACCAUCUAUUGAAGAGAUUCAAGCUUUUUUAAAUAAGGCAAACGAGUCAUUAGACUCUCUACGUUCUAAGCAAAACAACAUGGAGACUAAAACUUACGAAUUUUCAGGGGAAGUUCAAGAUUCAUUGUUUAAACCAUCUUCCGCUUCAUGGAAAUUGAUUAUGGAAGACAUUUCUGAACAAGAAGGCCACCUUCAAAUCAAGCUACAUACCCCUGAAGAAAAUCAGUUAACUGUUAGAGGUGAUGAAAAAGCUGUCAAAGCUACUAACAAAAUUUUUGAAUCUAUUUUGAAUUCUCCAUCUAACAAAAGCAAAAUGACUGUUAAUAUUCCAGCUAACUCUGUUGCCAGAUUAAUUGGUAAUAAGGGUUCCAACCUGCAACAAAUUCGUGAGAAGUUUGCGUGCCAAGUUGAUAUUCCAAACGAAGAAAACAAUAAUGCUGCUAAGGAUAAGACUGUCGAAGUUACUUUAACUGGUUUAGAAUAUAACUUGACUCAUGCCAAAAAAUAUUUGGCUGCCGAAGCCAAGAAAUGGGCAGACAUUAUCACAAAGGAACUAAUUGUCCCAAUUAAGUUUCACGGUAGCCUGAUCGGUCCACAUGGUAUUUACCGUAACCGUUUGCAGGAGAAAUACAAUGUCUUCAUUAACUUCCCAAGAGACAGUGAAAUUGUUACUAUUAGAGGUCCUUCCCGUGGUGUCAACAAAGCACAUGAAGAAUUGAAGGCUUUGUUAGAUUUUGAAAUGGAGAACGGUCAUAAAAUGAUCAUCAAUGUUCCAGCUGAGCAUGUUCCAAGAAUCAUCGGUAAGAAUGGUGACAAUAUCAAUGACAUCAGAGCUGAAUACGGUGUUGAGAUGGAUUUCUUGCAAAAGAGUACCGAUCCAAAGGCUCAGGAAACUGGAGAGGUUGAAUUGGAGAUCACUGGUUCUAGACAAAACAUAAAAGAUGCCGCCAAACGUGUGGAAUCUAUUGUUGCCGAGGCCUCUGACUUUAUCACAGAAGUCUUGAAAAUUGACCACAAAUACCACAAAUCUAUUGUUGGUAGCGGCGGCCAUACUUUAAGAGAUAUCAUCUCUAAGGCUGGUGGUGAAGAAAUCAGAAACAAGUCUGUUGAUAUUCCUAAUGCAGACGCCGAAAGCAAAGAUAUUACCGUACAAGGUCCCCAAAAGUUUGUCAAGAAGGUUGUCGAGGAAAUUAACAAAAUUGUUAAGGAUGCUGAAAAUAGCGUCACCAAGACCCUUGACAUUCCAGCAGAAAGAAAAGGUGCUUUGAUUGGUCCUGGUGGAAUUGUUCGUCGUCAACUAGAAUCCGAAUUUAACAUUAACCUAUUUGUUCCUAAUAAGGAUGACCCUAGUGGCAAAAUCACUAUUACCGGUUUACCAGAAAAUGUCGAGAAGGCUGAGAAAAAAAUCUUGAAUGAAAUAAUCAGGGAAAAUUUUGACCGAGAAGUCGAUGUUCCAGCCUCUGUUUACGAAUAUGUUUCAGAACGUGGUGCUUUCAUUCAAAAAUUGAGAAUGGAUUUAUUCAUCAAUGUAAGAUUCGGUAACACUUCCAAGAAGGCUAACAAAUUAGCUCGUGCUCCAAUCGAAAUUCCUUUAGAGAAGGUUCGUGGUUCCACUGAAGGUGAAAAUGCAGAAAAGACUAAGUUCACCAUCGAAGAGGUUGGUGCACCAACUUCUUCUGAAGAAGGAGAUAUUACCAUGAGAUUGACAUACGAACCAAUUGAUUUGAGUAGUAUUCUUGACGACGAAGAAAAGGAAGUCAAGAAGGAUACUUCAAAUGAUUCGGCCAAGAAGGAAGAAGCUCUCGAUACUGCUGUAAAGCUGAUUAAAGAAAGAAUUUCCAAGGCACCAUCUGCUACAUAUGCCGGUUAUGUCUGGGGUGCUGAUACCAGAAGAUUCAAUAUGAUUGUUGGCCCAGGUGGUUCUAACAUCAAAAAGAUUAGAGAAGCAGCUGAUGUUAUUAUCAACGUUCCAAGAAAGUCCGAUAAAGUCAACGAUGUUGUGUACAUUAGAGGUACCAAAGCUGGUGUCGAAAAGGCCGGUGAAAUGGUGUUGAAAUCUUUGAGAAGAUAG